CCAAAGCUCCCUCUAUACGACGCGCUUCUUUAAACCUCCAUCUCGUAACGCCUGGAAGUUAUGCCGAAAUCAAUCACAAGUGGUGUUGCGAAACUGUCGCUCGAGCGAUCGAAACGAACGAAGAAGAAGACAACUCGCGAGGAGCGUCGUCAGAAGCGCCUACUAUAUGAAGAAUGGGUGUACGGGUAUCAUUUGAAGAACAAACACCUCCGCAUUGCCUCCGACGAGAAAUUUAAUCUUCCCUGGCAGACACGACCUGGGCCUGUCAUGAUGAGGCUUACAGCCUACUUCGAGCGAGCCUCAGGAGUCCCGUUCGCGUUCUGUCCCGUACGCUAUCGAAACAGACCCGGUCGCAUACUUACAUUCGUCAAAGACGAUGGUCGCAAAAGGCUGGAGAAGAACACGUUUUCGCACGAGGACAUGGAGAAAGUGCGUGAGAUCAUUGGACUCCCAUCCGGGACCAAGCCAAAGUGGUUGAUGUUUCGGGCGAUGACAUAGACGGAGAACUUAGCAGCGAGGAUGAACAAUUCCGGACACAGGCUUUCGACCAGACCAAUUGAAACCCAGCAAGUUUAAUCGCGCAGCUCAGGAGAGUAUCGAUAUACAGGAAGGAUACGACACGCCCGAUCUUAUCGACACUUCUGAUGAAUAUUUGAGCUCGGAUGAGGAAUGAAUAUAUUUCUAAUUCCUUUUGAGUCCUUUUGUCUCUUUCACUACUC